GCACAGACGCAUCUCCCGACAAAGCCGUCUGCCAGAUGUCUGACACAGACUCACACUCCCAGUGCAACCAUCCCACCCCAUUCCGCUGCGAUGACUCCGUCAACCGCAGCUUCACAUCAUCAUCUUCGCCUGCGUAUUCGGCGCAGUCUGUCAAUAAACAUCGUUCCACUGUACACCAGGGUAGUGCAAGCUCUAAGCUUCGCGACUUACAGUAA